AUGAGGAGACCGGAAGUAGCCAAAAGAUACAAAGAAGCAUUUGAGGCGACUGUCGAGAAAGGAUACAUCACCAAGAUAUCAUCGGAAAAAGCGCAAGAACCAGGAUGGUACCCGCCGCAUUUUGCCGUGAUCCGGGAUGAUAAGCAAACUACGAAGGUGCGCAUCGUUUAUGAUGCUGCAGCAGCCUACGAAGGAAUAAGUCUGAACCAGAAGAUGUUCCCAGGUCCGAAGCUGCAACGAGAUAUCUUGGAGAUCCUGCUGAAGUUUCGCUUGAAGUCUGUUGCCUUAAUCGGAGAUAUAAAGGAGAUGUUUAAUCAAGUCAGUAUGGCGGAGAAGGACAGGAAGUUUCACCGGCUGUUGUGGCGGCAUCUCGAUCCAACAGCACCCAUUGAAGUUUAUGAAGCAACCAGAUUGGUGUUUGGUGAUGCAGCAUCUUCGUUUUUGGCGCAGUUUGUAACAAAACAUCAAGCCGAGGCAAUGCGAGAGCAGUAUCCGGAGGCAGCAGAGGUUGUUCUCAAAGCAAUAUACAUUGAUGACGUAAUCGACAGCCUUGAAGAUGAUGAUGAAGCCAGGCGUAUGCGCCAGGAUCUACAAGCCGUUUUGAAACCAGCUGGUUUUACAAUCCGCCGUUGGUGCAGCAAUAGACUUGCUUUUCUAGAAGGGUUGGACGAGUCGGAGCAAGAAUCUGGAGUUAAUCUGGAAGAGUCGGUACUUCCCAGUGUGAAGACCCUUGGUGUUGAAUGGGAUGCAGCUUCGGACACGUUUACCUUCAUCUUAAGCAGUACCGAGCAGACGAUUACCACGAAGAGACAGAUUCUGAGUCGUAAUGCAACCAUCUUUGAUCCGUUCCAAUUCUUGGCCCCUGUUGUCAUCCGGGGCAAGAUAGCUCUGCAAGAAUGCUGGUUACGUGGAAUCGGAUGGGACGAUGACCUACCAGAUGAUAUCCAAACUAGACUUGACCAGUGGAUAGGAGAGCUACAGCGGGUGAACGAGAUUCACAUCCCUCGGUGUUAUCGCAACAGGCCAGUUGAAGAUAUCGUGAAGAUGGCCCUACAUACAUUUACAGAUGCCUCGAGACUCGCCUACGGGGCAGUAGCCUAUCUUAGGUACCAGUAUACAGAUGGAGAAAUUGGGAUCAGCAUGGUAGCUGCAAAGUUUAAAGUUGCUCCACUGAAGAACGUUAGCAUUCCCCGGCUCGAGCUGAUGGCUGCAGUUACAGGAGUGCGUCUAGCCAACGUCAUGGCCAGGAGUAUAUCCGUCCGAUUACUAGAUUGUGCCCACUCGUUGUGA